CCGGUACCGACUGGCACCGGUCCGGUUCCGGGGUAUAAAACGGUUCCGACCCAUAUCGUUCGGUUCGAUGCUCGAACCGGUGCGAACCGAGCAGUUCCCACCGGUAUGAGCUCGAACCGGUGCGAACCGGUACCGGUGCGAACCGAGCCGGUUCGCACCGGUUCGGUGCUGAAUUUUAGUGUCAGCGCUGUGGCACUUUGAAAAUACCACACUUUGAAAGUGCUAGCCAGAGGCACUUUCAAAAGUGCCACACUGUGGCACUUUCAAAGUGCCGCUUUGUGCGGCACUUCAAAUGAAAGUGCCGCUUUGUGCGGCACUUCAAAUGAAAGUGCCGCUUUGUGCGGCACUUCAAUUGAAAGUGCCGGUGCGGCACUUCAAAUGAAAGUGCCGCUUUGUGCGGCACUUCAAUUGAAAGUGCCGGUGCGGCACUUCGAAAGUGCCGCGCUGUGGCUCACAGUGGCACUUUUCAAAGUGCCACAGUGCCUCAACGGUUGGCUAUAAAAGCCGACCGAAUGCUGAAGCCAAAUCCAUCAGCUUAGGUGAAGGAAAGGCAGAGAGAAAGGAGGAGGAAAAGAAGAGAAAGGCAAAGACAAAGGCAUGAAAAAAAAUUAGAAAGGUCGGAGAGCGUCGUUUUUCUUGAAGAAAAAUCCAGCAAAAACUAAAUAAGGUAAAAUUUCUUUCCGCUACAUUGUUUUUUUUAAUAUUUCAUUUAAAUUGCUUAAAAAAAUUAAGUCAAAAAUUGCCAAAAAAUAGGAAAUGAUUCAAUGAUUCCAUUUCGUCUUAGAAUUUUUUAUAUGUUGUCGAUAUAUGGACGAUGUUAAUGGUGACAUUAACUUUUGUUUUUACAGAAUUUAUAUAAUUUAAAAUUUAAUUAAAAAAUUUAAACAUUAAUUUUUAAUUACAAAAAAAUAGAAAUUGAAAAAAAUUAAUGUGGUUGUAGGAAUGGAGCCGUCAAGAAGAGGGCAACCCCAAGAGCGUAAUAUUGGCUAGGAGCAUGAGAAGAUGCUCGGUGAACGGCACCAGUUUCAGUGCAAUUAUUGCCACAAGUGCUUCAAAGGAGGAGUAACCAGAUUAAAGCAGCACUUAGCCGGUAAUUCUCGUGAGAUAUCUGCAUGCUCGGAGUGCCCACCGAGCACCCGUCAGCUGAUGAGGAAAAACUUCGCUGAGAUCAAAGCAGCCAAGGAGAGGGCUGCCAAGCAGAAAGCAGAGGUGGAACGCCAAGCUGCAGAAGCACCUUCCUAUCACUUGAUGGAGUCACAGGAGGUCGAGGGUCCAGAUGAGGAGGAGGCACAGAUCCAGGCUGCCAUGCGGGCGAGUCUGGAUGAUCGGUGGCAGCAGGAGGAGGUGGCGAGGCAUCGGGCUCGAUUUGGGCCCUCGUUUUUCGAGUCGGGCGCCGGUUCUGGUGGAAGCAGACAAGAUCCAGAGUUUCAAAGGACAACCUUAGUCAGGGAGGGCGAGGGCAGAGGACGUAGCCGGAUUGCAUCUAUCCUGGAUGGUUUUGGUGGCCGAAAGAAGUCUUCCGGAGGGAUUCCACCAGGUGCGUCAAUCCAUGAUGUAGAUCCGCAUGCCUUCCCCAGGAGAGAUUCGAAGCAGCAAAGGGUAGACACAAUAUGGAAGGAGAAGAAGAAGGAUAUGUGGCGAGCUAUUGGAUCCUGGUUCCACUUCAUCCACAUUCCAACGAAUGCUGCAAACAAUACAUACUACAAGUCUACCAUUUCUGCCAUACAGUCUGUCGAUCCCGGUGUCGAUCCUGCAGGCCCGAGGGACAUUUACGGUGAGCUUCUUGACAACAAUAAGAAGCUAGAGAAUUGGAUUGGCUCAUAUAAGAGCAAGUGGCCCACAUAUGGGCUCACUCUGAUGUGUGAUGGUUGGACCGGUCCGACAAAGCGGGCCUUCAUCAACUUUCUGACAUACUGUGAUACGAAGACCUUCUUUCACAAGUCAGUUGAUGCUUCGGAUAAGGUGCACAACGCUCAUACAUCCUCAGACUUAUGGAGGAGGUGAUUGAUCAGAUUGGAGAGGAGAAUAUCGUGCAGGUCGUCACUGAUAACGGGACGCAAUAUAAGUUGGCCGGGCAGGUCUUGAUGGAGCGGCGGCCACAAAUUUUCUGGACCCCAUGUGCUGCAUAUUGCAUCGACCUCAUCCUGAUGAAUAUUGGAAAGAUCCGUAGGGUGCAACAUACGAUGGAGAUAGCUCAACGCAUCACCAGGUAUAUUUAUAGCCAUACUUGGGUUCUUUCAUUAAUGAGAAAGUAUGCAGGGGGAGAAAUUCUUAGACCAGGAGUCACACGGUUUGCUAUGAAUUACAUUGCACUUGAUAUCCUUAUCGAGAAGAAAGGAGCCCUACGUCAGUUGUUUGUUAGUCCCGAGUGGCAGAAAAGUAGAUAUGCCCAGGCCGGCACUGAAGGAAGAAGGAUGGAAGACUUGGUAAGCAGGCAGUCAUUCUGGCAGCGGACCAAUGCGAUAGUCAAGGCUAUCAAACCAUUAUAUGAAGUGCUGCGGGCCGUGGAUAGCGAGAGGUACCCCCAGAUGGGCUUUUUGUAUCAUAUGAUGGAGAAGGCAAAGGCUCAGAUCAUGGAGGCAGAUGUAGCCCAUGCCCAGGAGUACAUCGACAUCAUUGAGCGGCGGUGGGGAGCCCAAAUGGGUAGGAAAUUGCAUUUAGCAGGUAAGCGAUAAUAUUGAUAAUUAUACUGAUUGAUAUAUUUGUAUAAUUAUACUAAGAUGGUGUCAUCUAUGUGCAGCAUACUAUCUGAAUCCCCGGUUUCAGUACGAGAGUGGAAUUGGUAUGGAUGAUGAACUUCUUCAAGCUCUGCGUAAUGUUAUUUAUAAGAUGGAGCCUGAUCCAGAAGUCGCCGCGUCAUGUAUAGAAGAGGUAACUAUGAUUUAGUAACAUAUGUAAAUAUAUCGGAUCUUAUAUUAUUGACAUACUACAACAAGCUUCUUUCCACAGACCAAAUUAUUUAGAGAGGGCAGCCACAGCUUUGGACAGCGACCAGCUGUCGUGAGCAAGACAACUAUGAAUCCAGGUACAAUACAAAUCUGCAAGACAUUUUUGCAUCUGAAUUAUCUUCAACUAUGAGGCCAUCAUAUAUGUAAAAUGUAAUUAUCUUCAAUAUUUUUGCAGCUGAAUGGUGGAUUCAUUUUGGCGGAUCCGCAAAAAUUCUUAAGCGGAUAGCUAUCCGGAUACUCUCCCAAACGGUCUCCUCGAGUGGCUGAGCGCAACUGGUCCACCUUCGGCCUCAUCCACAGCAAACAGAGGAACCGUUUGACACAAAAGCGCCUCAACGACCUAGUUUAUGUGCACUACAAUUUGCGGUUGAGACUAAAAUAAAUUCAGGAGGAAGUGGAGCUCAAGUAUGCAAAUCCCAUCUAUAGGACUUUUAUAGAUGAUGAUGAUAAUCCUAUGCUCGACUGGCUUGCGGCCUAGCAGCAGGAGCCCGAGCUUGAUGAGCCAGGAUCGCCUCGACGACCAGCCAGCAUCAUAGCCACCGAGGCUAUGGUCGAUCCACAGCAAUGGGCUGAGCGCAACAUUCCACGCACUCCUACAGCUGAUAUGACGUGGCUAGAGGGGAGCCAGUCACCGCAUGACUGGUACGACGCUCCCGUUCAGAGAGAUGAUCCUCUCAUGCGAGGACGAGGACGCUCUACUACCCAGUCGACUCGAUCAGGAGGGCGUCAAUCCCAGCAAACAAGAAAAGAAAGAAAAGGGCCCCAAUGGAGAGUGUCGAGGAGGAGACUUGGACCAGCAGCGAUGAAGGUUCUGGUAGUGAUGGAUCUACUAGCCAUGGAGGAAGUGGAGGACAGUAUGGUACUACUUAUGAGACACAGCCGGAGGUAGGUUUUCGAUGUACCGGUGAGUCUCAGUUUACACAUGCUCCUCGAGGUCGUUCAAGAGGCCAGGAUGCAGCUGCAGAUGACCUCCCAUGUGGAGUCAGAUCCAUUGAUGUAUCAAGUUCCGAGUCUUCCUAUUAUCCGCGGCCUCAGCCAGCCUAUGGAUAUGGUGCAUCGGAGUCAUUUUCCGAUGGCUACUACCCUGCGCAGCCCGGAGGGUCUUACGGGUCGGAUUUUGGUGCCGGUCUAUUCGGAUGGGCCCCUUAUCAAGACACCUCUCAGAGCCAGAGCUUCAGUGAGAGAUCCGAGAGUUCUUAUGACCCAACGCGCAUUUCUCGAGGAUUGAGCAUACAAGACUACAAUGCCGCUUGGUUAGAGGGAUGGGUUGAUUUGCUUCCAUAUUAUGCUGAUGAUCCAGAUAUUGACGAGAAGUAUCGCCACUCGAUCCGAUUUUAGAUAUUCGAGAGUGUUUUAAAUGUAUGUAAUUGAUUGUAUCUUAAUUUGAAAAUUUUUUAUGUUCUUCAUCUCAUUAUUUGAAUCAUUUGGAAGUAAUAAGUUGCAUCAUCUAGUUUUAACCUUAAACUUAAACAAUAAAACAUCCAAAAAA